UUAAUCAUGUGAGAAACACUGAUUCACCACACAAUUUUGGUGGUUUAUUUUUAUCCCAUCUACGAGGUGUACUAUAUAUCUCAUCGAGACAAACUCUAUAUUCGUUUCGAACAACAAAAGCCAAUUAAUUAAGUACGACAAUAUAUUCCAACAUGCUUUAAAAUAAUUUAUAGCAUUUUUACCGUAAUCGAGAGUCAACAGAGUGAAUCACGCACCGGGGCAGCAAUGAAAUAAGCCAUCACCAUAUAUUGCAACCAAAUAGCCUGCUGUCAUUUUUCAACCUUCAAAGGCUCCAACACUUUAAAAGUUUCUUUGUACUGCUGGGGGCAAUUUGCAUAAGCAUUAUAGGACCCUGUUUUGCUGAAGGAGGCUCGACCAACAAGCAUUCUCAACCGCUCAGAGUGCUCCAAUUUACCCUUUAACAUCACUUUUCUGCAGAAAGUACUGGGUCCAAAAUCUGGAUUGCCAUCCCUUAAACCCACACUACAUCACGAGCUGCAUAGUUUUUUUUCUAGUGGCUCAGAUUCUAUACUUCGAUCAGCUUUCAAUCUCCACCACUCAAUAUUUUCUCCCCCAUAAUGCACGUUUUUGGGCCUGCGGAUUUUGGGGAUUGCUGCAAUUGUUAAAUAAUAACUUGGGGUCAAGUUUAGUUGUUCAAACCAAAUACUGUUUCAUUCGAUCUCAAUGGUGUGAUUUCUUCAUCCUCAGAUACUCAUUGCCUGGUUAUGUUUCCUUGGCUCCAUAGAGGUUGGCUAAGACUACAACCCCAUAAUUGGCACCAACCAAAACUUGAAAACUUGAAGCAAUAGCUGUCUGAAUCUCCUUCAAGCAAUUGAGAUGUAAAGAAGUCUUUACUUUUUACAAGUGACUUAGAAUUGACACCAAAAAAGAAUACAGGAUAUGGAUGUAAAUCUUCUCAAAACAAUGCAACGAGAUUCACUCCGUGUGUGUUGGUUGGCUCUUAUUUUGAAAUAAGUAGCUCUAUUAAUAGUGUUUAGCUGGGUUAGACCCUCGAAUCAAGGAGCAGUAUCAGCAAUAAUUCUGCCAAGAGAAUCUAAUUUCUUCUCUUUCCUACACAUCAAGUUCACAUGCAGAAUGACAAAAGACUAUCACAUGUCUUUGUUUCUUGUGAAAAUGUUAAAUGACCUUCACUUUUUUUACUUUGCUUUCAGUUAUAUCCUUACCCACCAACUACUGAAGCACUGAAGCCCGUUACUUACAUUACUACUCUUCCCACCCUUCAUUACAUAUCCUGAUAUGCAUUGAACAUUAGAUAGGCACUUCUUUCAAAGAAUAAAAAAGCGGCUUCUCUCUUAUCUUCCAUAAUAUAGCCAUGAAUCAUAUUCUACUCUUUGUCUUAGCUUCCUUGGUUCCAAGUUUCUUUCUGUUUGAAAUUAAGGCUGCUCAUUCUCACCCGCCAAGAACAACAUAUUCUCAGAUUACUGUCAUGGGUCUUGUUUAUUGUGACACCUGCUCCAACAACACCUUCUCCAAACACAGUUACUUCUUAUCAGGUGCAGAAGUUCGAAUCGACUGCAAAUUAAAAGCAGAGACGCCGCGUACGGCGGAGCAGAUAGCGUUCUCAGUGAACAGAACGACAAACAAAUACGGAGUGUACAAGUUGGAAAUACCUUCGGUGGACGGAAUACGAUGUGCAGAGGAUUCAGCAAUGGUGUCGUUCUGCCAAGCGAGUUUGAUGGGAAGUUCAUCGUCGUCUUGCAAUGUUCCUGGAUACAGAAGCACAUCGGGAGAAAUUUCGAUAAAAUCAAGACAGUCAAACAUUUGCAUUUACAGCUUAAACCCGUUGAAUUACAGGCCAUCGACGAGAGACGAUAUCUUGUGUGGGAAUUAGAAGAAGAAGAAGAAGAAGAAGAAGAAGAUUAGGUUUUGAUCUCAGUUAUUGUGUUCUUGUUGGGUUUGUGUGGCCAUGGAUUGGAAAGUGUGAUUUUGUUUAUUUAACAAAAAGACUUUAUGUGUUAAUGUUGUUUGUACAGUUUUGGAAAGAAGGAACCUCCACGUGCAGUGCGUGUGCUUUUGCUUCC